UCUAUACUCCAGUUAAUGAAGACAAUGUAUUCAAUCCAUAAGUCCUUUUGUCAAGAGCUACUCAUCCAUAAGACCCUUCAGUUUACAACAGUUAUGCCAUAGCAACACCAGGAAAUUCAAGCGCGAGGACUUUAUUUAAAUCAAGCAAGAUAUAAUACAGUUUGGGCAGCUAAAAUAAGCAUUUGCUUACUUAGAAGAAAGCUCAUCCAAAAACUUUGAUUGAUAAGUAUCUUAGCAGAAUGAAGGAUGUGUCUACUCCAGCGAAUCCAAAGAGAAACGAGGAUUGGAUAUAUAAGUCAACCUACACGAACAGCUAUACUGGAACAGACGGACUACCAGCUCCUAAUGGAAGAGUGCGCACAUCGCAAUUCUACCCGUCAGGACGUCCAUAUCUUGAUUCAACUUAUCGAACAGAUUUCAUGAGAUUUCCUACAAACAAAAGAGAGAGUGUUCCUUAUGGAUCAUCGUCUGGUUAUCGAAAAAACAAUCCUCACCCUCACAACAUGCAAUCUGCAUUUAAGCACCCCUGUAAAGAUUAUUUCGUGUGGUCUCCAUAUCAGCGAUUACCGCCUCUUGGCAAUACAGUAGACGGUUUGAACAGCCAGAUUCUGCUACAGCGAGUUUGCCAGGAUAAAACACGAUCUAUUUAUCAACAAGACUUCAAACAACCGCCGUAUGCAACAGCGACAUUGGCCUAUUCUAACUGUCGGAGAGCAGUCGGUACAAGUUCGUACAAAGACGCUUUUGAAGGGACACAUGGACAAGCUGCACAAAGCGCAAAACCAGAACCGUAUGGCUUUCCUUCACUUGAUAAAUUCGAAACUUCAACGUAUCGACGCGAUUUCAGAAAAACAAAAACAUUGCAACUACCACUUCUCCCUUCAUCACCAACUCGUCGUAACAACCCACAUCCAGUCACGAUGAAUAACGCCUUUAUUUUCCCAAACAGAGGAUACUGGAUAUGGCCACAUCGCUUGAUACCCAUGAAAUACGAAGACAACUCUAUUACACUUUGCUUAUCAAACGAUCUUUUGAAAGACAAAAAACGAGGACCGUUUGAAACUUGGCAGAAAGAGAAUUGAGGCAAAGCAAAAAUGUCUGCUAACCUUAUACCUAGUGAACAGGUUAUUUUUCUAAUCAGAUGUACAGAAUUUAACAAAAUAACACAUUCAUGAUCCCAUGAUAUCAACUGAGAAAAUAAAUUGUUCCAAAGUAUAUAGUAAAAGUAUAUAUAUCCUUUAUAAAGUAUAUCAUAUACUUAUAUACAUUUGAUUUCUUUUGCCUCUCCUGACCAAAAUUGUAACUUCUGGAUCUAGGUCUUUAGGGCGUGAGCAACUUAUGACUCAGCACUAGUUACCUCAUAUUGUACUAUUGUACAUUAUAUUUAUAACAGACACCAAGCCUGACAAAUACCCUAAUCUACGAAUUGUAAAGUCCCGUUCAACUGUUUUCAGUCAGCGUGCGCCAUACUGCUCGUCAAGCACAGCAGUGCUUUAUGUAACAACAUGUUGCAAAGGCAGGCCAUCUUUUAUUACUUUCACUGAAAAAGGUUAAGAACAAAUACUGCUAAAUAUAUACAAAUAUUUCAUUUUACUUCUCUUAGCCUUAGUUUCAUCCAGCGUUAACUCGUAAACACCGUCGACGGAGUUAUUUUAGAGAAUAAACCGGAUGUUAGU